AUGAGUGUUGAUGCCCGUGUGGCUCAAGAGAUGGGUGUCAAACUCGGACAUGAGAUGGAAUGCUUUUGCUUGAGCUGCUUGGUGAACCAGAUCUGGCCAGCUACAGCCCCGAUCUUUAGUUUCCCAGGAAGAAGGUAUCCAGUUGACAUUAACUUUACAAGUGCACCUGAAGCUGAUUACAUGGACGCAGCAAUAGUUACUUUGCUUACGAUACAUGUGAGGAAGCCAAUUGGAGAUAUGUUGGUCUUCUUAACUGGUCAAGAAGAAAUUGAAACUGUAGAAGAGAUUUUGAAGCACAUGAUAAGAGGUUUGGGUACAAAGAUACGCGAAUUAAUUAUAUGCCCGAUUUACGCAAACCUUCCAAGUGAAGUGCAAGCCAAGAUAUUUGAGCCAACUCCAGAAGGGGCACAGAAAUUAGUGUUAGCAAAAAACAUUGCUGAAACAUCAUUGACGAUUGAUGGUAUAAAGUAUGUUUUUGAUCCUGGAUUGAGCAAGAUGAAAUCAUACAACCCGAGAACGUGGAUGGAGUCUUUUCUUAUUACUCCCAUCUCGAAGGCUUCAGCAAAUCAACGUGCUGGAAGGACGAGCUCAAGGAAGUGUUACCAUCUGUACACAGCGUUUAAUUACAAGAACGAAUUGGAGGAAAACACGGUACCAGAAGUACAGAGGACGAAUCUUGCAAGUGUGGUACUUGCUUUGAAGAGUCUUGGGAUUCAUGAUCUCAUAAACUUUGAUUUCAUGGACCCCCCACCUGCUGAAGCACUUGUGAAGGAUUUAGAGCUGCUCUUCGCUUUGGGUGCUCUAAAUAAGCUCGGUGAAUUGACUAAAGCUGGUAGAAGGAUGGCAGAGUUUCCCCUUGAUCCGAUGUUGUCGAAGAUGAUUGUUGUUUCUGACAAGUACAAGUGCUCUGAUAAAAUCAUAUCAAUUGCCGCUACGCUGUCAGUUGGUGGCUCUAUCUUCUACCAUCCCGAGAACAAACAGGUUCACGCUGACAAUGCAAGAAUGAAUUUUCACACUGGAAAUGUUGGUGACCACAUUGCUUUACUAAAGGUAUACAGUUCGUGGAAGGAAACAAACUAUUCUACACAGUGGUGCUAUGAGAACUACAUUCAGGUACGGAGCAUGAAAACAGCAAGAGAUAUCCGGUUUUUCCCACACACUGCAAAGCUGCAGAAGAAUGGAUCAUAUAGAACUGUGAAGCAUCCCCAGACAGUGCACAUUCAUCCCAAUUCAGGCUUAUCUCAGGUAUUGCCAAAAUGGAUUGUUUAUCAUGAACUAGUGCUAACCUCCAAAGAAUACAUGCGACAGGUGAUGGAAUUGAAACCAGAGUGGUUGAUUGAGUUAGCUCCUCACUACUACCAACUCAAGGACGUUCAAGAUGAUACGAAUCUUUCUAAUAUUCCCCUAACCAUAUUAUUUUGUAGAAUCAAAUCUUUCGAUCUUUAA